AUGCACACAACUGUCGCCUACCACAAUUCGCUUGAGACUUGUGAUCUGGCAACAAUGCAUAUCUCCUCUCUUCUCCCGCUCACCAUUCUACUCGGGUCCCUGUCCCCUGCUGGUGCAAUUCCAGUAGCAGAGCCCGCUGUUGAUGGCAUAUACGCUCGAAAUGAGGACAUUCACUACCGUGAUUCCUCUAUUGUAGCUCGGGAUGGACCCGGGUUCCGGAUGGAGUCCGUGAAGUACCAGGGCAUCUCGCCCUUGGGACCUUCUGGAUACGGUGAUAGUGUCACGGAUGACACUGAGGCGAUCAACAAUGCCAUCAGCAGUGGUACUCGCUGCGGAAAGGACUGCUUCUCGAGCACGGUCACGCCCGCAGUCGUGUACUUCCCCUCGGGCUCGUAUGUGAUUUCGGCGCCACUCUUGACUACUACAACACGACAUGAUUGGCAACCCAAACCCACUGCCAGUCCUGAAGGCGAUUACUAUCAUGCCAUCCACGACCCCGACUUUGCCUCCACCUGCAACGUCAGCUCAUGCAACUGCGCUCUUGGCUGGGGUCUCCGUGUGAUCGACUCCGAGGACCUCCACGUCUACGGUGCAGGCUUCUACUCAUUCUUCAACAACUAUGAUGCCACCUGCUCCGCCUACGGUGGUCCCCAGAACUGCCAAAACUCCAUUUUCAGCAUUGAGGGACAAUCGGCUAUUUCCGUUUAUAACCUCAAUGUCCUUGGCUCCAAGAGAUUGGUGGACCAGGAUAGAAAGAGCCUUGCGUCUUAUAGUGAUAACAUUGGUGUUUUCACCAAUAACAUCGCUUACUUCUCUACCCAGUGA